AUUUCGCGCGAUCUAGGAAACCGCGCGGACUGGUGCGGGAGUGAGGCGGCGGGACGCAGCUAAAGGCGGAGUCGGCUGGGAAAACGAAACUGAGACCAAGUCAGACCCGGGCAACACCAGAGCCGGGCAGCGGCAGCUGGUGAGCUGCACCGUCGGGCGCGGGUGGACGCGGGACUCUGCGGGGCCCCUGACCCUAGACUUUGCCAAAUCAGGAACGCUACCCGGAGGCCUGUCGGGGAACUGGGAAAGGAACGUGCCAUUUUUGCUCCUCGCAAAGAAUUUUUAACAGAGCCAGUAAGGAAUAACCCAAGCCGGGCUGGAGGACUGAGAAUCCAGUAGAAAACUGGUGUCCUAUGACUUGGCGGACAGAUUAGUGGAAGAAGAAAUGGAUGACAAUACUCCAGGUUUCUACAUAGCAGAACUUAAUACAUACCGUCAGAAGAACAACGUAAAAGAAUUUCAGUACUUUGAACUGUCAAAGACAGGACCUCCACAUGAUGCAAGGUUUAAAGUUCAAGUUAUUAUAAAUGGUAGAAAAUUUCCAGUAGCAGAAGGUAAAUCAAAGAAGGAAGCAAAAAACGCUGCGGCCAAACUUGCUCUUAAGACUCUUAAUGAUGAAAAUAAGACAGAGACGACGACAGAUACCCCAAUAGGGUCGCAAAAUUACAUAGGGCUUGUUAAUAGCAUUGCCCAGAAGAAAAACCUGCCUAUAAAUUUUGAAUAUUAUGAACUGAAGGACUCUGAGUACAGAUUUCACUGUAGAUGGAAAAUUGGACAGAAAGAAUACCGUACUGCUUCAGGUUCUACUAAACAGGAAGCAAAACAUUUAGCUGCUAAAUAUGCAUAUAGGCAGAUAAUAUCAGAAGAAACCCCACUGAAAACUGACCCAGCCUUUCCUGGUUCUCCCUCUCCUCUGUCCAGUGGCCAUGGAAGCAACUCUCUUUCUUCUGAGACAUCAGUUCAAGGUGAUUCCCCCGGAAGUACGUCAGAACGAAAUGACAGUGACAGUUUGAACAGCUCUUUCUCAUCUGCUUCGGACAGUAUCCUGAAUAAAAACCAGACUACUAAAAGGAGAUUAGCACCUACAUUUGACAUUCGUCUGAUAGAAGAAAAUAAAUAUACUGUGGACGCCAGGUUUACCAAAGAUUUUACAGAUAUAGAAUACAUUGACUCCGGUGGAUAUAGCCAAGUUUUCAAAGCAAGACAUAAAAUUGAUGACAAGAUUUAUGUUAUAAAACGUGUUAGAUAUAAUCGUCGGGAAGUGGAGCGUGAGGUGAAAGCUUUGGCCAUGUUUGAACAUCCAAAUAUUGUUCAUUACUAUGGUUGCUGGGAUGGAUUGGAUUAUGAUCCUAAGAAUAGCAUAAAUGAUUCAAGCCCCAAAAUUAAGUGCCUUUUCAUCCAGAUGGAAUUCUGUGGUCAAGGGACAUUGGAGGACUGGAUUAAUGGAAGAAGAGGCAAGGAACCAGACAAAUCUCUAGCUUUGGAAUUUUUUAGACAAAUAACAACAGGAGUGGAUUAUAUUCAUAAAAAAGGAUUUAUUCAUAGAGACCUUAAGCCAAGUAACAUAUUUUUAGUAGAUGCAAAACAAAUAAAGAUUGGAGACUUUGGACUUGUGACAUCCCUGGAAAAUGAUGGACCACGAACAGGGAAGAGAGGAACAUGGCGAUACAUGAGUCCAGAGCAGAUAUCUUCCACAAAGAAGUAUGGAAACGAAGUGGACAUUUAUACUUUGGGGCUAAUUCUUGCAGAACUUCUUCACAUAUGUGCCACUGCUAUAGAAACAUCUAAGGUAUUUGAAGAACUAAGGGCUGGCAACAUCCCAGAUGUAUUUGAUGACAAAGAAAAAAAAUUUCUACAGAAUCUACUCUCGCAUGAACCCAUGAAACGACCUAAAACACCUGACAUACUGCACACUUUGAAGGAGUGGAUGGAUGCUUCAGAGGAAAGAAAACCAAAAACAUGGUAGAGGUCUCAAAGUACCUCACCUUUGAUAUUGAAUUUUUCGGCAUCUACAAUUAUUAAAGACAAUCAAUGCCAUUUACCUUCUGUUUUCAUUUCUCCCUUUUUUCUGUAUUUGUGGAGUGGUUAAAUUCUUUUACUCCAGAAACAUCCUUACAGUUUUUACCUGUAAUGAUGAAAAUGGAAAAUGCCUAAAAUUUUAUUUUUAACCAAUUGAUAAUUCAAUUGAUUUAUAAAUAUUUACCAAGUGUCUACUGUUUCUAGACCAAAAAAAAAAUAGAUCGUAGCAUGUAUUGAAUAGCUAACAAGUCAGCUGGAAAUAUAACAUACUCCAAAGAGAUAGUUAGGUGUGUCAUUUUGGCAAACAGUUUGAUAUCAACUAAAGAAGUUGAAUAUGGACAUUUAAACGGAAGACCAUGAAUUCCAUUCUUGCAUGUAUGCCCGCCAAGAAGGUUCAUAGACCUAUUUCUAAGACCCAAAA